CUGAGCGAAUAGAUUUAGGAUCUUGAGCUCCAAGUAAAGCGUCCAGAGGAGGGAGGGGGAGCACCCGGAGAUACAAGAGGGGAGAACUGGCUUGUUGGUUCGAUCAGCAGGCUGCGCGCAUCGACUCGGCUCCCCUCCCGGUUCUUCCCCCGAUUCACACCCUCUUCAGCUCUAGGAGAGCUUGAGCGGGCAUCGCUCUGCACUGCAUGACAGCUCCAGGCUCUGAAGACGACGUAGCAGCCGGGAGUGGGAAGCCAAGCCCAGCUGAAGAAGAUCUGAGGAAGGCUACGAGCCGGGAAUCGGCGGGGGUGGGAGCCCGGAAGGCACCUUGCCCUGCCUGAUUCCCAGGGCGGCUACCGCCGCCUAUCCUCCGAUUCCCUCUCGCUCCUGUUAUAACCCCACCCCUGACCUUAUUCUCUGGCUGCCCAAUACGGAGCAUAAAGACAGAAGCCCAGAGAGAAAAUAGCGUCGGGUCAAGGAGAAAUACCUGCGCAUCACUUAGACUGCAAUUGAUGGGAAAUACGCAUUUCUUUCUCUAGGGAAGCCCGUUUUUCCCCCCUUUAUCUUUAAAAAGAACCCGGUCGAAAACAGGAAGGGGGAGAAAAAGAGGGGUUCUGCUCCAAAAGAAAAGAGAGGGAAGGGGCCACGAAAGGAAUCGGAAAGAAUUUAACGGAGCGUUUCCCUCCCUUUGUUGAAUGAGAAGAACGGCGCCGGAUCACCAUGAGCACCAGCACAGUUCCUUUUCAACAAAACCCAUACAACUCUGGGGGUCGUCCCACCAUAAUUCAAUGCUAUCGCUGUGGAGAUACGUGUAAAGGCGAGGUGGUGCGUGUCCAGAGCAAUCACUUCCACAUCAGAUGUUUCACAUGCCAGGUGUGUGGCUGUGACCUAGCUCAGUCUGGCUUCUUCUUUAAAAAUGGGGAAUACAUCUGCACCCAUGACUACCAGCAGCUCUAUGGCACCCGCUGUGACAGCUGCCAAGACUUCAUCACUGGAGAGGUUAUCUCAGCCUUGGGCCGGACUUACCAUCCCAAGUGCUUUGUGUGCAGCAUGUGCAGGAAGCCGUUUCCUAUUGGAGAUAAAGUAACGUUCAGUGGCAAGGACUGUGUUUGCCAGACUUGUUCCCAUUCACUGAUUAGCAACAAACCUAUCAAGAUUCAUGGACCAAGCCAAUGUGCAGGUUGCAAAGAGGAGAUCAAGCAAGGUCAGUCCCUCCUGGCCUUAGAAAAACAGUGGCAUGUCAGCUGCUUCAAGUGCCAAACCUGUGGAAUCAUCCUGACCGGAGAAUACAUUAGCAAGGAUGGUGUUCCAUAUUGCGAAUCAGACUAUCAUGCCCAAUUUGGUAUUAAGUGUGAGACCUGCAACCGGUAUAUCAGCGGCAGAGUCUUAGAGGCAGGAGGAAAGCAUUAUCAUCCCACUUGUGCCAGAUGUGUACGAUGUCACCAGAUGUUCACAGAAGGGGAAGAGAUGUACCUCACAGGUUCAGAAGUAUGGCAUCCUAUCUGCAAACAAGCAGCAAGAGCAGAAAAGAAGUUAAAGCACAGAAGAACUUCAGAAACAUCCAUAUCCCCUCCUGGCUCCAGCAUUGGUUCCCCCAACCGAGUCAUUUGUGCUAAAGUGGAUAAUGAAAUCCUUAAUUACAAAGAUUUGGCAGCUCUUCCCAAGAUUAAAGCCAUCUACGAGGUGCAACGUCCUGACCUCAUUUCCUAUGAGCCCUAUCACAGAUAUACUUCGGAUGAAACACUGGAGAGAUAUAGCUAUGGGGAGUCUCUUGGAACCUUGUCUCCAUAUUCUCAGGAUAUUUAUGAGAGCAUGGACAUCAGGCAGAGGCGAGCAUCCAGCCCAGGCUACAUUGACUCACCCACCUACAGCCGCCAAGGCAUGUCUCCCACCAUCCCACGCUCUCCGCAUCAUUAUUACCGCUCAGGAACAGAGAGUGGGCGCAGCUCCCCCUACUAUAGCCAGUUAGAUGUGAGGUCUUCUACACCAACCUCAUACCAAGCUCCUAAGCAUUUUCACAUUCCAGCUGCUGCAGAGAGUAACAUCUACCGGAAACCACCCAUCUAUAAAAGACACGAUUCCCACUCUGCAGCUACAAAAAGCAAAACUAGUGAGGACAUCGCCCAGACCUCCAAAUAUAGUCCAGCUUAUUCUCCAGACCCAUACUAUCACUCAGAAACAGAGUACUGGACUUUUCAAGGUUCACCCAAAGCUCCCCGAGUUCGAAGAUUCUCAUCAGGAGGAGAAGAUGAUAGCUUUGAUCGAGGGAUGCACAGAAUCCAGACAGGAAUUGGCCGACUGAUACUGAAGGAAGAAAUGAAGGCCCGCGCUAAUUCAUAUAUGGACCCUUGGACGCCUCCCCGCAGCUCAGCGAGCAGCAGAGAAGCUCUUCAUACAGCAGGCUACGAGAGCUCCUUAAAUGGCUCACCCCGGACACACUACCUGGCAGACAGUGAUCCCCUCAUUUCAAAAUCUGCCUCUCUUCCUGCUUACAGAAGGAAUGGGAUGCAUAGGCCUCCCAGCGCUGAACUCUUCCACUACGACAGCACAAAUGCCGUCAACUGGGGGAUGCGAGAAUACAAGAUAUACCCUUAUGAGUUGCUUUUGGUGACAACCAGGGGGAGAAAUCGCUUGCCCAAAGAUGUGGAUAGAACUCGACUAGAGCGCCAUCUGUCCCCCGAGGAAUUUUACCAGGUGUUUGGCAUGACUAUUGCUGAAUUCGACCGCCUGGCUUUGUGGAAAAGGAAUGAGUUGAAGAAGCAGGCGCGGCUAUUUUGAAAACAGUAUAUGUAAAAACUAUAUAAAGAUCACUAUAUCGAAACUCUGUAUAAUACAGAGCUAUACAAUAGGGUCUCUGGCUGUUCUCUCUGGAAGCCUGUAGAGUGAAUCGAAGUCUCACAGAUAUUUUUAUGCUCUUUGUUUCUUUUAUUCUUUUUUUUUUAAAGAGUAAUUGUUAUUUGGGAAAUUUUUCAAGUAUAGGGAGGAUAUGGGAACUUGUUUUUAUACUGAACUGUUUCUUUUUCUUACAUGAAUGUUGAGAACCUUGGGCAUUAUUGUACCUCACCCAUGAGCCUCUUAAAAGCAAGUCUGGAGAGGUAGGAAGGAUGAUGGAACUGGAGGCUUUCUUUGCAUAGAGCCAACCAUCUUUAUGACCCCCAGAUGGCUUCAGAAUAUCAGAAGUAUGCUGCUCAAUCAGGCCAAGGAUUUAUCUCAACCCUCAAGAUUGGCAUCGAAGGACACAAAUAAAGCCAAAAUCUAUCUAACCAGCAUUAUUUUUUCUUGUAGCAGCCAUCUAGAUAACUCUUGGAAAUUAAAAAGAUGGGCUCUAAGGUGAUGCGCAUCCCUAUGCUUUAUGUUCCUCCCUGCAGCAUCCAGUAAUCAAGCUGACUGCCUGUAUAUGGAGGCUUUAUAUAGCUAUUAUUGAAAGUAGCCAUUUUCAAAAGCAUUUUCCAUGAAUAAAUAUUAGCUUCCAAAAAUUCUUUUUCUCCUAGUCACAGUGGCAUGCAGCUGUCUUCCAUUCCUCCUCAAUGAUCAGUGGAAAACAGUGCAUUGGGACACUUACUAAAAUCCAUUCUUGCUUUACUAGGUACUCUUGCAUUCAUGGAAUAGGAAGCUAGGUUUCUUGGAACAAAGAAUUAUAUGCUCACUUAAAUACUUACUUUGGGUACUUUAGCACAAUUUUGGAUAUCAUUUACAUUUGCACAAGUCUAUGCACAGCCUUCCCCAGCCUAGCGGUCUCCAGCCAUGUUGGCCUAAGACUUGGAGUCUUACUCAACUAGAAUUGAUAGAACUCAUAGCCCAAAAUUAUAGGGCACCAAGUUCGGAAAGGUUAGUUCAGAACAACCCGUGAUAUACACCCAAUUAAAAAUGAUCCUCCUUUCCAUCAUUUCAGCUUCCUCCUCCAUUGCAAGUCACUGGAAGGUCUGGAGAGCAGUCAUUUAAAAAAAGCAUUGCCAUGAAAGAGCUUAACCUUACAAACUUGAGGUCAAACUUAAAAAAAGAAAAAGAAAAAUCACAGGAAAUAGCUGACACCGCUGCCCAAUUCUUAAAGAAAAAAGUUAUAUACACUAAUCAGUUGAAUAAGGCAUAAUAGCACUAAGCUAUUAACCAUGGUUUAGAAAUCACAAUGGCUCAAUUCACACAAUAUGCUAAGCUAAAAUCCCAUAAGCUAUAUUAAGGGUUAGCAUGAUAUGUGAACCUCGUCACUGUUGUUCUUUAAAUAAACCUUGGCUGUAGUUGCUAAAAAAAAAGAUGAAGCUUUACCCAGGCAGAUGCGAUGUUCAAAGCAUUACAUCUGAACUUUUGUGUGAGUAUUAUAUACAGUAUGUUUUCCAAAAGCAGUGGUCAUACUAAGGAAUCAUACUCCAAACUUUCAAACAUGUAUAAAAACUGUUGGACUAUAGGAAAAAAAAGUUUGGAGAAGCCUUGGCACUUGAAAUGUCUCGUUCAUCUUUAAUUUAACUAAUUUUAUUGGAUAUGUCUGGCCUUUCAUGGUCACUAGCAACAUUUCUGAUAUUGUGUCAAAUCAGUAUGAUCAGCUUCUGAAUGAAGAAAUGUACAUGGAAUAUUCUGAUUUGGGAAAUUGUACGUUUGUUCUUUCUUAAAAGAAAAAGAUAUUUCUUACCUAAUACACUGUUUGAACAAAAUAA